CAGCUGAUGGACGGGAGAGAGAACCAAUAGAACCUCUUCCUGGGGGGCUCGGCCCAAUGGGGCGGUUGCAUUUUGAUUGACAGAAGUGGAGUUAAUAUCUCACAGCAACAAUCCUCCGUUUAAAACGUCACAGUGAAAGAGUUAAAGAGAGUGUGGUCAGAUGGAGUGAAUGAGGAAGAAGAGAAGGAGCAGGAGGGACCAGUGGAAAUCUUUCUCUCUCUUCAUCUCUCGCUCUCAUCAGACGUCUCUUCUGAAGAUGAUCUGUUUCAUCAUUUUCUGUUGGGUUUGGUUUUUACAGACUGAAAACUCCACCGCUCUGAUCCGGUUCUCGGUCCCGGAGCAUCAUCACGUCUGUCUCCUCUGUGGCGCCUCAGACACGUCUCAUGUGAUCUGGACUCGCGGGGACGGGGACGUCCUGGUCCCAGAACAGGACUACGAUGCCAACGAGGAGGAGCAGCGCCACCUGCUGCUGUCUGACGGCGGCCUCUGUCUCCUGCAGCUCCUCGACUCUGACAGCGGAGAGUAUCGCUGCAACGAGCAGCCGGUGGCCGAGCUGCAGGUACUGACAGGUCGGGACUUCUCGGUGUCUUCAGGCUGGACGCUGCUGCUUCCCUGCGGCCGCUCGCCCAAACCCAGACAGAGGUGGUUUCACCGGAGGAGAGGAGGCAGGCGGGAGGCCAUCUUCACCCGCUUCAGAAACGGGACAAUGAAACUCGAGAGGGAAGACGACCGCCUCAGCUUCAUGUACGACGCCCUGCAGAUCCAGGACCUGCAGCCAGGGGACGCUGGAGAGUAUCAGUGUAACGGGGAGCUGCAGGGCAGAGUCACGGUCCUCACAG